AUUAAAGCUGACAUCAUCCCUUUUUUUUCUCUCUGCCUCUCUGUAUGGGGCAGGGCUGUAGGAGUCAAACAGAGGGAGCGGAGGGAGGAAUCAGUGAGUCCUGUAUUCUGCUGCCUGGGAAGUGUGUGCUGUAAGGAACUCUGCUCAUAAAAAACAUGGCAAACAAAGGGCCUGCCUACGGACUGAGCCGCGAGGUGCAGCAGAAGAUCGACCAGAAGUACGACAAUGAUCUGGAGACCAUCUUGGUGCAGUGGAUCAAAGCUCAGUGUGGGACUCAUGCUGGGUCGUUCGACGGGCAAGGGAAGUCAGCCGUACAGGUCUGGCUAAAGGACGGCACUGUGCUUUCCCAUCUCAUUAACUCCUUGGCCCCUGGGUCUAUUGCAAAAGUGCAGACAUCUGCCAUGGCGUUCAAGCAGAUGGAGCAGAUCUCACAGUUCCUGAAGGCCUGCGAACGAUACGGAAUUCCGGCCUCCGAUCUGUUCCAAACUGUUGACUUGUGGGAAGGCAAGGACAUGGCCAGCGUACAGAGGACACUCAUGAAUUUGGGGGGCAUUGCUGUGACAAAGGGUGAUGGCUACUUCCGUGGUGACCCCAACUGGUUCCCAAAGAAAUCCCAGGAGAACAAGAGGGAGUUCUCCCAGGACAAGUUAAAAGAGGGCCAGAACAUCAUCGGCCUUCAAAUGGGCACCAACAAGGGAGCAUCGCAGUCCGGCAUGACUGGCUAUGGCAUGCCAAGGCAAAUCCUCUGACCACACAGACGACCGAAGGAACCAUCCAAGAACCAAAAUGGAUACAUACUCAUCUCCCAUAACUUGCCCAUUCCUUCUCUCCACCCUUCACCUUCUGUUAGUUGAUAGGGCACAUUCCCGACCAUGUCUGAGGCACCACUGUGCUUUCAGAGAGCAAUCUUUCUUACUGCCAUUAAGCUCCGAACCACUUUAGCAUAUAAACAUUACAGUGUUUGCAGGAAGCAGACUAGUUAGCCAGCAUCAAGUGGGUCUUGACCGAUUGUAUGCUUAUAUCUCAAGCUUGGAAUUGUGCUUAGAUAGCCGUAGCUAUAUCUCCACACCCAUUUCAAGGACCCUAGAAAUUAUUUAAAUAUGGAACGAAGCUGUUCUGGUAAAUAAGGCAGCUGUUUGGUUCUCAGCAGUGAACAGAAAGAUGACUCCAUGUCUUAAUUUUAUUGCCUUAAUAUGGUGGGCACCACGAUGAUCUUCCUUCUUCUCUCUUGCCUUAACAUUCCACUUGUAGUGCCUAAUUAUUUUUUUUUAUAUGUAUACCUGUUUGACCAAAUUUUAAAAGUUUUUGUACCUCCCCCCCAAAAACCAGACUGAUUUUUUUUUGUUCGGUUUUGACUAAAUGUUUGGUAAGCAUUUUCACAAAGGUCCCGUAGCAUUGUUCCAUAUAUUCCGCCAUUGAGGCGUUCUACGGCACACUGAGUUUCUCCCUGCCGUGGAUUUCUUUCCAUUGAUACCCAUAAUAUUUGCAUGGGUCACCUCAAGCCUGCUCGUUAAAUACCUAGCCAGGGAGACGUUGAGCGACAGGUAGCGGGUAUUUGCUUUGUAGCUAAUACUGAAGCCCAUCAGAAAGUCCCGUUGGCCUGAACAAGGCAUCAGAAGGGUCUUUUGGGGCAACACAAGUCAAUAAUGCCAUUUCUCAAGUAAAUGGAACCUUCAACCAACCAGUUGUUGUUGAGCUAUUAAUCUCAGAAUACUGGGAGGUCUGAAGAUCUUCACAUCCAUGCUUUAUAAUCUAUCCACUUCAGUUUGGGCGCUUCGGCAUUGUGCUGGGGUCCACCUUCUCUCCUUCCCUGCUUGCCACCAUAUUCCUGCCUGUGUAAACCAGUGGUUCUACCUUCUGUUCCCCUCAAGAUAUGUUGCUGAUAAAUAUUCAAUUAAAGACCAAUCUAUGUUUAUAGAAA